AUGGGCAACUCUCCGUCGGAGGCCAGCAUGGGCAGCCGCCUGAAGUGCAUCAAGUGCCGGAAGGUUCUGCCGCCCUGCACCUCCUUCAAGCGACUCAAGCAGGGCACCGUGUUCGGACGACGCGUGCACAUCUUCAAUGGAGGAGAGUACUACAGGCCCAUAGGGGUCGGGAUGGCGUACGAGUGUGAGCGCUGCUUCAACGGGGCGGAGAUGGCGCGCCGCAUGGGCAUCCUGGACCGCCGGCUGGAGGAGUCGGCCAGGCAGGCGCAGGAGCAGGCCGAGGAGGACGAGGAGCAGCAGGAGCAGCAGCGCCAGCAGCAGCAGGAGGAGCAGGAGCAAGAGGAGGCGCAGCAAGAGCAGGAGGAGGAGCAGCAGCAAGAGGAGCAGGAGCAGGAGGAGACGCAUGUGACCGUUGGCUACCUGAAUGAGUUUGAGAGUGACCCUGAUGACCUGCUCAAGAUCCUGAACAUCAGUCUGAACCUGGCCCACCUGAGCUCCGAGCAGGUGAGCCUGGUCGUCACUACCAUUGAGGACACAGAGGUGAGCGGCAUCCUGGGGGCCCUGGACGCUCUGCUCUUCCAGGACUGGAUCGAGGCCACCCCCUCCGAGCACACCCUGCAACACACACAGGUGUUGCUGGCCGAGCUUUGUGCCGUCUCAUUAGACGCCUCCAAGGGCGACAGUGGUGAUGACGACGCCCCCAAGGACGGCCUGGCCAAUCAGGUGCAGUCUCUGCUUGAGAGCGUGGGCCUAUCGGCGCGCGGCAAGACGGAGAACCUGCUGCUGUGCCAGGGCCUGUACCUCGGCCUGAUGCUGCUGCCUAGCAACAGCCACGCCGACGGCAACGAGACCGACAGCCUCUCUGACGCCGCCCUGGUGGCUAAACACUGGGCCGACGACGACAUUGACGCAGAAAGUCUGCUGAUUGUGGAUGUGUUGAGUACGCUGCUGUCCUGCCUGCGCUCGGCGGGCCAGAAGGCCUCGGUCCCCAUCACACACAUGGAGGUGCGCUGCCUGGAGAUGCUGAUGGCCACCCUCCAGGGGCUGGCGGAGGAGGGGGAGGAGAGCCACGAGCGGCCCAGCCACGCGCUACUCAGGCUGGCCGGCAGCGGACGCUGGACCCCCGAGGAGGGCCUGGGGCUCCUGAAGACACUGGUGGAGGCGCACGGAGAGGUGGGUGUGGACGACAAAGCGAUUGCCGAGGCCCUGACGCUGGUGUUUGUGCACGACCUCCCGUCCUCCUGGUCUGACGAGUCGGGCCGGCCGCUGGCGGAGUGCGUGGCGAGCCUUCCGGAGUUCCGGCAGCUCCUGAGGAAGAGGGACGCCAGUAGCCUGGAGGCCGCCCUCACCCAGUGGAGAGCAGAGCCCCAUCCCAUCCCCAUCACCGACGCCGACGUGGAGAUAGUGAGAAAGAUCACCUCGGACGUGCUGCAAGACAAGAACGACGACGACUCCUCUCCCUUCUCCAGGGACGCCUUCCAAGCCGGCGGCAGUCUGGGCCCGGACGAGAUGCAGACGUGCCUGGCGGAGACCUGCAGGGCGGUGCACAUGACCAAGGGAUGGUACCCCACGGCGGGGCAGAUGGUCAGCUGGUGCGCCAUCGUAUCGGACGUGAUGAGGAAGCAGCAGGCGCCACAAGAGGGCGCAGAGGAGCCGGUGGUCAUAGAGGAGGAUCCCUGCGUGGUCGCCAUGGUGGCGAUGACACAGGCCUGCAUGGGACACAAGGUCAACGUGGUGACGAGCAUGGGGUCGCAGGAGGAGUGGGCGGACUUGUUCAAGUAUGCCGGGCUCAGCGUCGCCACCAACCAGAGCGACAGCAGCACGCUGCAAGUGGAGGCCUACCAAGCUGACGUGGUGUACGGAGGUCUGGAGGACUUUGUGGCCGACUACUUCCUGGUGAAAGCAGACAUGGGCGCCGCCUCGGUACUUCGCCGCUUGUUCCUCGUGGAAGAGCGAGGUGUGGGCGCGGGUGGCUCGGGCUCUGAGAGCGGGAAGCCGUCGAAGCUCGACGACGACGCUGCCCUGAAGUUUGCCGCCGAGAGCCUGCAAAAGCUCAUGGGUAGGCUGGAGACGAUGGACGACGUGACGUCGAGACGCAAAUUCUUCACGGCUCUCUGCCACAUGCUGCUGCGGAACCUGCGUGAGGAUCCGGGCCUCGUCCUGAAGAGCUUCAGUGGAUCGGACCAGCUGUCCGCCGCGGAGGUUAGCAUCCUAGCCUUCUUCGAGCAUCUCCUCAUGACCACCUUCGCAAUGGAAGAAGAAGAAGAAGAGGGAGGCGACAACGACGCCGGGUCGUCCUCGGCGGGGAGAGCGUGCCUGGAGAUGCUGUUCGACUGCGCGGUGCACUUCCUGCCGUCCGACGACGACCAAGCCGAGUUCUUCCAGAGAACUCUGAACCUUCAGCGUCUGACGCCGAUCCAAGCCCUGGAACACCUGGCGGCGUUGACCACCGGCAAGUUGAGUCGGGCGCACGGCAUGGACGUCCUGCGUCUGAUGGAGACGUACCAGGUCUCCGCGGAGUGGCGGGACGCCAAGAGCAGCAAGCCCCUCCCAGAGCUGCUGUUCGGCGCCAGCGGCCAGGGCUUCGUGCGGGACAUGGAAGCCGCCUUCAAGGACGAAAAGAUCAAGACCCUCGACCAGCUCCUCGCCGAGAUCCGCCAGACGAAGCUGGCGGACGAGGCCACGCUGGGGACGGUGCGGCAGGUGGUGAGCACGGUCGGCGGCUGGAUUGACUCGGGCAGCAUGGCGCAGCACGCCAACGUCCAGAAGGCCCGCCAGCUGAGCAACAGCACCAGCGCGGCGGACCUCGCCGAGGUGCUGGCCGUCCUGUGCAACGGCAUCCAUCAGCACGUGGCCAGCCGGCGCUGGUGGCCCCGGGAGACGCAGAUGGUGGCCUGGUGCCUGCUGACGCUGGCCAAUCAGGGCAAGCUGCUGGAAAUGAGCACGGGCGAGGGCAAGUCGGUGGUCAUCGCCAUGUUCGCGGCGCUGCGGGGGCUCAGGGGCGAGAACGUGGACGUGGUGUCCAGCUCCUCCGUGCUGUGCGAGCGCGACGCAGAGGAGUUCGAGAACUUCUACGAGCACUUCGACCUGUCGGUGGACGCUAACACCAACAAGGAGGAGGACGAGCACCGCAAGCGCUGCUACCAGAAGAACGUGGUGUACGGCACCAUCGCGGCCUUUGCCGCCGACCACCUGCGCCAGACGUUCGAGAUGAAGGACGUGCGUCCCGACCGCGGCUACCACUGCGUGGUGGUGGACGAGGUGGACUCGCUGCUGCUGGACGAGGGCGUGCAGCUGACCUACCUGUCCAGCCCCAUGAUCUCCAUGUCCCACCUCAACACCCUGCUGGCCAUGAUCUGGAGCCACGUCAGCCAGUACGGAUACCUCACCGCCCAGCAGCAGAGCUUCGUGCAGGGGCCGCCCGCAUCCUUCUUCAAGGCCAUAUAUGACGGCAUUGACACAGAUGACACGGAGAUCGAGGACGCGCUGGACGUGUUGGGCAUUGCUGAGUCCUGCGGCAUCGUGGCCGAGGGAUUCACCGAAGACAUCUACAAGAGCAGCAAGGAGGAGAUCCUGGCCAAGGUGCGGACGGUGAGCCAGGAGAAGGUUCUGGAGUUCUUCGGGCAGAUGGAGCAGUACGUGGCGUACGACUUUGUGCUGUACACGCUGGACGCGGAGGGCAUGCUGUCCCUCCAGAAGGCCUCCAGCGGCGACCCCGACACCCUGGAGCUCACCUUCCUGGUCCUGGACGACGGGCUCUGCUGCCCGCUCUACGAGUCCUCCCAGAUGCUGGUCGGACCCAUCGUGGAACUCAUCAAGGACAAGGUGCAGUACACGCCGUGUGAGAACGUGGCUGGCAAGGUGAGCAUCCCGGCGUUCCUGCAGACCCUGGUGGAGGCCAAGGCUCCUGCCUGGGUGGAGAACGCCUUCCUGGCCGUCACACUCAGCCAGGGCCGGGAGUACGUGCUGGAGGACGGAUCCGUCUGCCCCGUAGACUACAGGUCAACUGGUAUCGUGGAGCGCAACAAGCGCUGGGGCGACGGCCUGCAGCAGUUCCUGGAGAUGAAGCACCACGUCAAGCUCAGCACCAUCUCCACGGUAACCAACUACCUCUCCAACGUGGCCUUCUUCGAGAAGUACGGCGGCAAGAUCUACGGCACCACGGGCACGCUGGGCACCGAGUCCGACCUGCUGUGGCUGCGCGACCUCUACCCGAGCCUGACCGCCACGAACAUCCCCACCUUCAACCGCCGCAAGCUGUUCGAGGUCGAGGGCAUCCUCAAGGAGUCAGCUGAGGAGUGGAAGUCCGAGAUCAAACGCGUCGUCUUGGAGCAGAUCUCUCCAUCCAACAGGGGUGGAAGAGCCGCGUUGGUCAUCUGCGAGUCGAUCAACUCGGCUAAAGAGAUCCACGAGGAGCUGCGUAGCGGCGUGACGGGCGAGCUGGUCCUCUACUGCCGCAACGACAAGAACAGCCUGAGCACCAUCCAGAGGAAACUGCAGGGCGGCGACGUCAUCGUGGCCACCAACCUGGCUGGCCGAGGAACCAACAUCAAGGUUUCAGAUAAGGUGAAUGAGAAUGGCGGCCUAUUCGUGGUCCUCACCUUCCUCCCAACGAACAACAGAGUUGAGCGACAGGCGUUUGGACGCACGGCACGUAAAGGUAAGCCGGGCUCGGCACAGGUGGUGCUGAACACCUCGCAGCUGGCGGAGACGUACGGCGCGGUGCGGUCCAUUGAAGAAGCCAAGAGCUACAGGAAGAAGAUGGCGGAGGAUAGACUCAUCGAAAUGAAGUACGACGUGGAUGAGAUGAGGCUUCGUGAGGACCUGUUUGCCCAGUACUGUCAAACCCUGCGUAGCAUCUACAAGGAGACGGAGGGAGAUGAGGAGGGGGCCGUGGUGGCCGUCAUGAACGAGUACUGGGGCAUCUGGCUGCAGGCCAAGUCCACAGACAUCGACCAGCUGCGGCGGGAUGCGCUCGUGAAGAGUCUGACGGCCGACCUUGCGGAGGCCCGCAAGCAGUGCAUGAGCCAGACGUCGCCCUGCGCUAGCAUAUACCACUACAUCGACUUCGCUAACGUCGCCAUGAGCGAGAAGAAGUGGGACGUGGCUCUGAAGCUGUUCCAGAAGGCCAUGGAGAAGGAUGAGAGCUGGGCCGCAGUGGCCUUCUAUAGCCACGCCUACUGUCUCAUCAAGAAGCAGAGCAGCGGCUAUCUCAACAAGGCCCUCGAGGACCUCAAGAAGGCACAGGCGUCCCUGGCCUACCUGAGUGAGGAGUGUAUGGUGUGCCUGCAGUUCAUCAAGUUGGCCUCUAGUGGGGGCAAGAGCAGCGGGGACCAAACAGAACUGGAGAAACAGUUCACUACCAGGUGUAGCAUGUUCAGCCUCUUCGACAAGAACAUCUCGGACGCCCAGAAGAAGAUCGAGGAGAUCAAGAAGGCGGGGCGCGACGCGGUGGCCGAGAAGGCGCCCAUGUUCACGCUGGCUGCAGAGGGCGACGAGGCCAUGCAGGAGGAGGCCUGCAACCUGUACAGCCGGGGACUCAAGUACAUCUACACUGUGGAGCAGGAGGCUCGGUUCCCCUGGGAGGCGGUCCUGGUCUUCUGCCUGGGCGUUCUACAGGUGGUCGGAGGAGCGCUGCUCACUGCCUUCACCUUCGGAACACUCGCACAGGUUGGCAUGGGUCUGAUUGCGGAGGGCGUGAGUGACAUGAUCACGGGCGUGGAGUCGAUGGUAACGGGCAAGUUCAGCUGGACCAGCUGGGCCAUCGAGAAGGCCAUCAGCAUCGGCGUGUCUCUGAUCUCCUUCGGCGUGGGCAAGCUGGUCACCAAGGGAUACAAGGCCUUCAAGAUCGCCAAGGGAGCCGCCAAACACCUCAUGUCCAUACCCAAGGCACUCUCAACGCAGGUGAAGGGUGGUCUGACGGCGGUCAUGAAGACUAACCUGAAGAACGCGGUGAAGCACUCGGCCAAGGCUCUGGUGGAGAACAUCGCCAUGUACGCCAUCGGGAAGGCCGAGACCGCCAUACUGAACCAGAUCAUCGCAGAAGUCAAGAAGAGGGUGAAGGAGGGUAUUGAAGGGGACAUGAAGAAGCGUAUGGGGAAGGAGCCGCUGCUGAGCAAGGUGGAUGACAUCAUCCUGUCCCACAUCGUCAGCAAGGAGCAGCUGGCCCAGAUCCUGUCCGACGACCACCGCAAGAAGAAGCUGGUCGGCGUCUUCGCUAACUUCGCCAACAGCGCCCUGCUGCCCUUCCAAGAUGACCUGUCGUGGCAGAACAAGCUGAACUCCACCAUUGCCACUGUGCUGGACAGCUGCAAGGAGGACAAGGGCGGUAAGGCCGCGGCCGUGCUAACCGCCAUCCAGACCAUCCACAUGUCCGCCCUCGCCGGCGACGCACUGGCUACCGUGCUCGGCAUGUCCGACAAGUUCUUCACAAACUUCAACAAGGAGCUGGACGAGUUCAAGAGUGAGAAGAGGAUGGCUCAGGACGUCAGCAAGCGCUCUCUCUCCAGCGGUGAACUGGCCAAGCUGGCCGAGAUACGCAAGGCCGUCACCGCAGAGAUGAGCACCAUGCUCUCCGCAUCGCUGGUCGACGUCUUCCAGUCCAAGUUCUCGGGACACUUCAUAUCGCACGCUCAGGGCAAGGCCAACAGCCUGAUCCAGAACAAGAUGCGCGGGGGCCUGAAGAGCGACCGUACGGAGGACGCCCUGAAGGCCGGCCAGAAGAAGUCUGCGGAGCACUUCAAGAACAAGCAGGCCAAGCUCGCCAACUCCCGCGCUGACAAGGUCCUGGACCCCAAAACUGAGGGCACCAUCGUGGACAUCAAGGUCCUGGCUGAAACCACCAACACCAAGGUGGUGAUCCUGUCGGAGGGUAAGAACGGGAAGCUGUCCCGGCUGGGCGUGGUGCCGCCCAACAAGAAGAGCAGCAAGAAGGUCGUGACCCUGAUCUUCAACGCGGCCUCGGGCACCUAUAAGGCGCGCGUCAACAAGAAGGCGGUCAGCGGCACCGGCAAGACCGGCGAGGGCACCCUGUUCGAGGCCUUCGCACGCGGCAUGAAGCCCAACGCCACCGCACAGGAGGUGCUGAAGGAGGCGGGUCGUCUGCGCAAGUCGGAGGCCCAGGCGCUGAGGGACGGUGCUGCACGCUGGGAGCCGCUGAUGCGCAGGCAGGAGCUGGUGGCCUCCACCAGGGGGCAGAAGGGGGCGGCUGAGGAGGGGGAGGGCCAGAAGGGGGCGCAGGCCAGCAAGGACGCCAUCCGCCAGCACGCAUGGGCACUCAGGCAGGGCGUCGGCAAACCCAUGCGCAGCCGCGAGUGGAUGAGGAAGUGA